AUGCCUCGCCUCGACGAUAGCACCGAAGCGCUCCUUCGAGCAGGUUACAGCGCCCAGAGUACGGUCAAGCGUGCUUGGGAUGGCUUCGUCAAUUUUGCUGUGCGAGACAAUGUUCUUGAGGUUGCAUUGGGUUUGAUUAUCGCUCAAGCAUUUACCAAGGUGGUUACUUCUUUUGUCUCCGAUAUCAUUCUUCCCAUUAUCGCUCUUCUUCCAUUUUUGCAUCGCAACUUCGACGAGAAGUUUGCCGUGCUCCGACGUGGACCACAUUAUGUCAAGGAGAAAGGGUAUAAUACCCUCGAGCAGGCGCGAAACGACGGCGCCCUGGUACUGGCUUAUGGCGCAUUCCUCGAGACAUUGCUUAGCUUUUUCGGUGUCAGUCUUACAUUGUAUGCGAUCGGACAUCUCUACACGUGGAUCUCCAAUGAUCAGGUCAUUAAGCAAACAGUGCGAUGCAAAUAUUGUCGGAAGGACAUUAGUGAGAAGGACGGUCGCGAGGAUUCGCGUCAACAGUAG